AAUUGAAAAUAUUGUAACGUAGGCAUAUUCCUAACCUAUAGUGUACAUGACUUUAUAACGCAUAAGUAAACAAUUAUAGUUAUAGGUAACAUCUAGAUAACAAUGCCAGGCUGCUGGUUGCCAAAAUGUAAAAAUUCGGCUGCUAAAGGAUUUAUGAUGAAACAUUUCCCAAGAAAUCCAGACAGAAGGGCUCAAUGGGCAGCGAUUAUUCCACGAGCGAAUUGGGUACCCACGGAUUGUAGCUGUAUUUGUGAGAUUCAUUUUUCACCGGAAAUGUGGGAAAAACCACGAAGUGAUGGUAAAAGAAUCCUGAAAUGUAAUGCAAUUCCAAAUAUGUUUGAGUCAUGUCUUGAAACAAUUGUUGCAUCCGGACAAAAUACUGAAUUAAUACAAUCAGUGCAAACUGUCAAGAUGGACGAGAACCCAAAUCUUGCCCAAAAAAAUUAA